CAAAAAAAAUCAACAUCUGACUAAUUUAUAACGUUAAUUAUUUAAAACAAAGCGUAAAUUUAGUGCUUAAAGAUAAUAAUUAAGUUAAAUUAAAUGGGAAAAUACCAUAUCAAUUAAGUUUCGUAAUUCUAAGAAGCUAACUUCAACCAGACCGACGACGUCAAAUAUGCACUUAACUGAUAAGUUACGUCACAUUUUGGCAUCCGGAAUGUUUAUUACGUGAUGCUUAACAAUAUAAAAAUCAAACUUUAGUAUAAUCAAAGAAGGAAGAAGAUGUGGCUCGGUUUUCUCUGCAUACUAAGCUUCGUUGCAAGUGCUUCCUUAUACUGCGUGCCUUGUAAAGAAGUUACGUGCGAUAGAGUGCCAAGCGACUGUCCCGUAGGAGUUACAAAAGAUCCUUGUGGAUGCUGCGGAGUUUGUGCAAAGAACCUGGGCGAUCCUUGCGGAGGACCUUUUAAUUCUUACGGAACCUGCGGAAUCGAUCUAGUUUGCGACUUGGGGGAUUUUCCACCUAACGAAGAUCCACGUGAUUACGCCGAUGCUCCUAUCGGGAAAUGCAUCGUGGGUAGAAGAAUGACAACUACCACUUCCACUCCCGACUUUACCGUUCCCGACAUACUUCAAUGAAAGUGGACAAUAUAAUGGAGCGGGUGUCAUUAUUCUGUUUAUAUUAUUCAUCGAGCGUGUUGUAAUUUUAUUAUUGCAUUAGUAAGAUGUCUGUAUUGGAGUAAUGUAAUAAAAAAAA